GCAAUUAUAUCUUAAUUUAAAGUAAUUUAAUAAGAAGAUGUAUUAUCCUAAAAACUAUGUAUUUUUGUGUUGCAUUAAUUUAUAUCUUCUUACAUCAGCUUGUAAGAACAAUCAUCUGUCAAAGUCUGUUUUUAUCGAACACGUAUUUAUUGGUUCCUCCUUCGACUGACGCAAAGCGCAGCAAAACCCGACACCUGUGCCUGGGUGUGCGUGACAUUGUUACCUUUAAAGACAGAGACGGGUGGUGUUAAAAAAAAACAAACAUGUAGUCAAGAGAUAGGGUUGAGUAAUCCGCCCACUGGCACUCCCAACGAAUACAAAUCAAGUAUACCCAUGUUCAUGGCUGUGACGUAUCCCCACUUAAAAGUCAAAACGCUCAGCCCCGGCGGCGGACGUCGACAUUGUUAUUGUGAAUUUUAAGAGACCAGGGGGCUGUUUUUAUUUUCGCGGGGCUGCUAGCUAUCGCCCGACAUCCAUUGUAACUUUAAAAUAAAUUGUUUUUAUACGUUUUCAGGUUUAUAGUUGCGUUUUUUUAGCUAGUUAGUGGACGGGCUAACAAGUUAAGGGUCCCGGCCGGGGUUUAGCUGAUGGAUGAGCGGGUAUCGGACUUAUUUGGAUCAGGAAAUGCACCCGAAUCUGGAUCAUUUUCUUCAGCGUCUGCCUCCAACAGCAGCAACAGCACCCACAGGACGUCAAAGAGCUACAACGUAGCUCUGAGAAAAGCAUCAAAGAAGAGCAAGAGGAACUCAAAACCUCUGUUCUCUGUCAACUUCAAAGCGAGCAACAAUGCUCCGUAUCUACCUCCAGAGGCUGAAGAGGGGAAUAUAGAGUACAAGUUGAAGCUGGUGAACCCUACGCAGUAUCGAUUCGAGCACCUGGCCACACAGAUGAAGUGGAGACUGCAGGAGGGUCGCGGUGAAGCCGUUUAUCAAAUAGGUGUGGAGGACAAUGGGAUGGCGGUGGGACUGUCAGAGGAGGAGAUGAGGGCUUCACUGAGGACGCUCCAUCGACUGGCAGAGAAAGUCGGUGCCGACAUCACCGUUCUCCGAGAGCAGGAAGUGGAGUACGACACUGAGGUUCCUCGUAAAAUCGCAGAGGUUCUUGUUCGUAAAGUGCCAGAUGACCAGCAGUUCUUAGAUCUACGGGUCGCUGUACUGGGGAAUGUGGACUCAGGUAAAUCCACUCUGUUGGGUGUGUUGACACAAGGUGAGCUGGACAACGGACGUGGAAGAGCGAGACUCAACCUCUUCAGACAUCUUCACGAGAUCCAGACUGGACGGACUUCCAGCAUCAGCUUUGAGAUCCUGGGCUUCAACAGCAAAGGAGAGGUUGUCAAUUACAGCGAGUCUCGGACGGCGGAGGAGAUCUGUGAGAGUGCGUCUAAAAUGAUCACCUUCAUUGAUCUGGCCGGUCACCACAAGUACCUGAAAACCACCAUCUUCGGCCUCACCAGCUACUGUCCAGAUUUUGCCAUGCUGGUCGUCAGUGCAAGCACUGGCAUUGCUGGAACCACGCGGGAGCAUCUGGGCCUAGCCAUGGCCCUGAAAGUGCCCAUCUUCAUUGUGGUCAGUAAAGUCGACCUGUGCACACGGGCCACCGUGGAGCGAACUGUACGACAGUUGGAGCGCGUCUUGAAGCAGCCGGGCUGCAACAAGGUUCCUAUGGUGGUGGGGAACACCGACGACGCCGUCAUAGCCGCACAACAGUUUGCACAGUCGCCCAACAUCACGCCCAUCUUUACCCUGUCCAGUGUCUCUGGGGAGAGUUUGGACCUGCUCAAGGUGUUCUUCAACAUCAUCCCUCCCCUCAGCAACAGUAAAGCUCAAGAGGAACUAAUGCAGCAGCUGACUGAGUUUCAGGUGGAUGAGAUCUACACAGUACCAGAAGUGGGUACUGUCGUCGGUGGAACUCUGUACAGUGGUAUCUGCAGAGAGGGCGAUCGUCUCGUUGUAGGACCUACAGACUCCGGUCAGUUCCAUGAGCUGACCAUAGGGAGCAUCCAGAGGAAUCGAUCGGCGUGCAGGGUUCUCAAGGCAGGCCAGGCCGCCACGCUGGCUCUGAGCGACUUUGACCGCUCGUUACUACGCAAGGGUAUGGUAAUGGUGAGUCCGGAGAUGGAACCUACAAUCUGCUGGAAAUUUGAGGCAGAGAUUGUGCUGCUUUUCCACGCCAAGACCUUCCACAAGGGCUUCCAGGUCACUGUGCACAUCAGGAAUGUGAGGCAGACGGCGACGGUGGAGGCCGUGUACGGGAAGGAGGAGCUGAGGACUGGGGAGAAAGCCGUGGUUCUCUUCAAGUUCAUCAAGCACCCAGAGUAUCUGAAGGUCGGGGCUAAGGUGCUCUUCAGAGAGGGCGUCACCAAAGGUAUCGGCCACGUCACCAAGCUGCAGCCCAUCUCCGAUCACCAUCCGUCACAUAGUGAGAAUGAAGAUUCCUGAAGCCUGUCGGGAAUACCGCCGUCGUCGUUCCUCCUACACCCAGGUGCUCCACCACGGUCCUUUUCCUCCAGAGGCCUUUCUGCUCUGCCCACUGUCCUGAAAAUCCCUCACACAGGAUUCAGUUGAUUUUAUCAUACAUCUUUUUCCAAAGCCAUGUUUUCACGUUCGUCCUCAUUCGCCCUCUUCAGCCUUAGAAUUGAAUCUUGAUAUAUUUUUUUAAGUCAGCAUUCUAACGUUGUUGUGUUGUCUGAGAGUGUAUUUAUUUAUAGCACUGAUUGGGGGUAAACACACCCCCAUGAGCAAUAUCAACCAAAUUGACAGAUCAGACAGAUGCACUGCACAGAUGUUUCUUUUUUUGCUGCCUACACACUUCAGAUCUAAAUCCAACUUUUAUCACAUAUUCACACAUUCACACACACACACACAACAAUAAUAUGCACCAAGUCACAAACGCUUGCACUAAAAGGAAUGUCAGUGUUACUUGACCUUUGGCAGAAGUCAGUUUCUGAACGUGUGAGAUUCGGGGACAUCAAAAGGUCCAGUGUGUAGCAUUUAAUGGAGUCUCGUGGCUAAAGCAGAACACAGUGUUCACCAACCAUCUGUGUACAGUAGCCUGAAGAGAAAUCACUGCCACUUCAACUGAUAUUUUAAUGUACUUUAAUAAGAUUUUUAAAAAUAAAGUUUCAGGCCCAGGUCCUGUCUCCAUUCUCCCCACUAGAGGCCGCUAAAAUCUACACACUAACCUUAAUAGGUGUAGGUAAUUUGUAAUCCUAGUGUCACCAUUUCUCGUGCACUGCAGCAGCCUGUUUGUGUUACCAUUGUAGUGCCUCCUAAAGCCUCUGGUGUGUCUUAAUCUUUUGUUGAGCUGUGCUCAGAGUGCCCUCUGCUGGUUCAUGUGGUAACUUAUCUGAGGGAAAAUUGGAUAUUGUUUUUAACUAACGUUGAAAUAUAAAAAAGACAAAAACACAA